UCUUCACUCUCAGUGACAGUUAAUGAGAUUACAAAUUGGCUUUAUCCUGCAUCGGUGCAAAGGGGUCAAUCACGGGAUUAGAAUCUAGCUGAAGUUAUAUCCCUUUAUUAGUCUUUUUCGUCGCUCUCAUCACUUCUCAAUUUUUUUUCUCACUCUCCUAAGGAUACUUGCAGAUCUCUGGAUGACAUGAAUUGGGUAUCGAAGUAGAAUUUAGUUAUGCACUGAUUUGCUUUCUUCAACGAGUCUGGAGAGUAACCUUCUGACUGAAACAUCUUUUGAGGAAAGAGGAACAGGUAACACAAAUAAAGGGAAGCCAGCCAGGACAGACUUGGCAAGUCAUCCUCAUGCCCCUUGUAAAUAACAAAAUUGGAGAUGACUGCACACUUGGCACAAACAAGGCUCUGACCGAUGGCAAAGCUCUGGUGGAUUCGUUGAUUAAGGUGGUGGCAUGCUAUCGACAUUUAGCUUCGUGCGUCGGCGGCUGCACUGACAGCUUGCAGCUGCGAGAUGAGUUGAGGCAAACAAGAGAGAGGGCCCGGAAUUUGGCCACGACCAUCCGUCAACAUCUCACCUCGCAUCUUCGGGACAAGCGCCUACCUGUGGAACAGCGGAAAGAGAUGGAGCUCCUUUGGGUAGCCUUCUCAUCCAGCUUGGAGCUGCUCCACAUUGACAUGUGCAAAGUUUACAAAAUGGGAGACAUCUUCAAGGUUGCCGAGUCUCCUAGUUUGGUUCAAACUGGCCUGCAAGGAGGAAGCACCGAAGUUGCUGCUCGAGCUCUCAGUCUGCCAGACCUUAGCAGGGCUUUGAAGUCCAACCCCCUCGGUGACCUCGAGAACCAGGAGCGCCAGACCAUGGAGCAGGAUAUCAGCCAAAUUGACCACAUGAUCGAUGACAUGGAAACAAAAGUGAAUGUGCUGCGUUGGAUGGUGGAGCCCCACGGGGCGCUGAACGGCGACCCGCGGGGCAGCACUGACAGCGCUUCCCUGGCCUUGUUCUCUAUGGAUGAGGAGCAACUUGGCGGACACUCCCCUGCAGGCCAGCGCCGUCAUAUUGUGGCACUCUUACUACUGUGUGCAGUCAUUUUGGGUGCAACCACUUUAUGUAUCUGCAUCUUCUUCCUCUCAUGAUUAAAAAUGUACAGUAUAUUUAUCCAUUUUUUCCCCUCAUUAUAGAAUAGCCAAAAAUUGGACUCAAGUAAGUGUACAGUACAGUUACUUUUAAACAUUGGGGGAGUUUGACUUUUGUGGGAGAGGAGCAUAACAUUACACAAAGAAAUUUGAAUAUCCAUCUUGCCUCCUCAGAUGUAGUUUUGGCUAAGAAAGCAAAGGACAUUCUCGAUGGUGCUAGUCACAUGAUGUGUCCGAAAAAUAUUUUUGAGUCACUACGAAAUAAUUUGUUGGAUUCUUGUUCAUUUCAUUCAUUUUUGUAGUUUGUUUUAUUGCUUUACAACUUUUAUAGACAAAUUUUACCAGGUAGGUCUUUAUAUUAAAUUCAUAUAUAGGAAAGUCCAUUACAUGCAAUGACCAUUUUCGGCCACUGGGGAGGCACUGCCCCGCCUGCAACCCUUCAAUCUCUGCGUAUGCAUUUAUAUACAGGUAGUCCCCGGGUUACGACGUACCCGACUAACGUGAUUUCGACUUUACGACGCCGGAGCCUCAUCCGCUAUUUUGUCUCCUGCUGUUUUAUUUUUUUUGUCGCGUAACAGUAUGUGUUUGAGCUCUGUAUUUUUCUCAGUGUAACAGCUGUCAGGUUUCCCUGCAAAUAUUUGUUUCGCCAAUAAGAGGAGCUGUUGUCUCACUAAAGUUAAUUGAAAAUGUACAUGUUGCAACUUAUGCUUUUUUUUUUUUUUUUUUUUUUGCGUGCAUAGUUUUUGUUUUCCUGUCGCAAUUUUGCAAUUCUUGGGACUCUAUUGUCAAUAAUAAUUUGUUUACAAGUUAAAAUGGUAACAUUUAUAAGUUUAAUUACAGUGAGCGCACACCCGUAUAGGUCGCUUUCUGUUUUCUACUAAAGAAGUAGAGUCUGAUGCAGCAAGCAAGGGUGUACCAUAAGCAGCUCGACCUUGUCUAAGUUGCUGAAAUCAAGCUCUAAAAAAGCUUUGUAAGUCACGUUGACCUACCUUUUUGUUCACUCGCAGGCCAAAGUGUUCUAUAUUGUGUCUGUGGUUUAAAAGUAAAACAUGAACUAUUGUGUCUCCACCUGUGAACAACCCAGCAUACUCAGUAUACCUUUUUCACCAUUCAUUAGCGUUGAUGGUAAGUACAGUAUCUUAUUUUUUUACUUUGUGUUAUUAAUACGACAUAUAAAACAUGUUUUUGGAUAGUUAUAUUGAGUUUUGGGGGUAUAUAAAGGGUUAAUUCCGAUUUAUGCGGGAAUUCAGGUCAAAUCGCCAGCUUUGGAAUGGAACUCGUUUGUAACCCGGGGAGUAUGUGUAAUUUGACUAGGGGAAAUGUAGUCAUCCAAAUUAAGUGAAAAAAUAAGCUCUUGGUGCAAAUUGCUUUGUUUCUUUUUUAAACGUCAAAUAGACAAGAAUGCCAUGUAUUGCAGUUACCUUCAAAUUCAAAUAUUGCCCUACGCUAUUUGCCAUUUGUGUACACAUAAAAUAUAAAAUAGCACAUUGUGUAGGCUCACAAGGCAGUGAUGAUUAUUAUAUACGUUCAUUAAAACGAACUGCCUAUGUAAUUAUAAAUGAGUUAAUUGCUCAGUAGUUUUAAUUCAAGUGCAGUCAUGAACUGGGAGUUGUAAAUGUUUUCCUGAUUUCAUUUUUCUGUGACCCGAAAGGUCCAAACCCGCGGGUAAUGCUGCAAAAUGCUUUCAGUAAAGCUGUAUAAAACAUUUGGAUUUUUUUUUGUUAUUGACAUUAAAACGAGCAAAUU